UCAUUUACGAUGGGUUUAUUUUUUUCACAGGACUCCCCUUAUAAACGGGGAAUCACCCCUGCAGUCUCCGGCUCGUCUGGAGUCGGAUUGAUCGUAUAUGUUGUUCCUCACGGUUGGACUACGGUGUAAAAUAUGCUCGUGUUUGAUUGGUGAUGGCGAAUUUGAAAAGCUGAGGUCGAGCGUGAGGAAAAGGUGUUUUGAUCUCUGGUUAUUUCGUUCACUUCAUGUUAGCGAUGCUCAAAUGGCAUUCUAGUCGCACAACCGAUGAUACCUCUAGCAAGGAUAGUGAGAGUGAGCGUCGAGGCGUUCUGUCUGUCGAGUGGACAUGAGUGAAAAUUAGAACUCAGACUUGGGACUGGGGGUAUUCUCACACCCCUCAAGCCCCCGACGGCUUGGAUCUUCAAUCAUUCUGUGCAGACGACGACGACCACACCACUCCCCUGCCAAUGACAAUGCCACACAAAGACGACAGCUCAGAUCAGCCGCAAGCGCAGCAAGCUGAUUCCCAGAGUCAACCGGGCUCACAGUCCAGUCCUUCCUCACAACAGAGACCCAGGCCUAAGCGAGAUUCCCACAAUCCAUUGCAAGUCCACCAUCUCGAUCACGUGGACAACGUGUCCUUCGAUCCAAACGACCCCAGUCAUAGUGGCAUCAACCAGCUCGGUGGGGUAUUUGUAAAUGGCCGCCCGUUGCCCGAUUCAACCCGCCAAAAGAUAGUAGAGCUCGCCCAUAGUGGCGCAAGACCAUGUGACAUCUCACGCAUUUUACAAGUCUCUAACGGAUGCGUUAGUAAAAUCCUGGGCAGGUAUUACGAGACUGGCUCUAUCCGGCCCAGGGCUAUUGGUGGAAGCAAACCUAGGGUCGCUACCCCUGAGGUAGUCUCAAAGAUUGCUCAUUAUAAGCGGGAGUGCCCCUCCAUAUUCGCCUGGGAGAUCAGAGACAGGCUGCUUUCUGAAGGAACUUGUAACCAGGAUAAUAUUCCUAGUGUCUCAUCAAUAAAUAGAGUAUUGCGGAAUCUUGCCAGUGAGAAUCAAAAACAGUUGACUCAGAACACCAUGUACGACAAACUAGGACUGAACAAUGGUUUAGCUUGGCCUCGUCCUAACCCCUGGUAUGCGCCCCAGCACACCCUUAGUCAGCCUUCCCAAUACAACCCGCCGCCUCCCCCGCAACCGGAAGUUAAGAAAGAAGAUAGUAACCACCCAGACAGUCCACAGCAGGGCGACGGUGGUUCCUCGUCGGAAAAUGACGAGCAGUUACGAAUGAGACUGAAGAGGAAGCUCCAGCGUAACCGAACCUCGUUCACCAAUGCUCAACUAGAAGCUCUUGAAAAAGAGUUUGAAAGGACGCACUACCCCGACGUCUUUGCCAGAGAAAGGUUAGCUCAAAAAAUUGACUUGCCCGAGGCACGGAUACAGGUAUGGUUCUCAAAUCGGAGAGCAAAAUGGCGCCGUGAAGAAAAACUCCGCAACCAGCGAAGGGAAGCUGCGUCGGGUCCUCCAGGAUCCGGAAGAAUCCCAAUAAACAGCAGUUUUCCGAACACCAUGUACCCCACAAUUCCUCAACCAAUGGCAACUAUGGCCGAUUCGUACAGGUACGUGCAAAAUAGUUCUAUCCCCACAGUGCCUAAUUACUCGUUGUCAAAUAACAUUGGGCCAACUAACCCGGCGUGCCUGCAAUCGGGAUCCUCUUCUUCCUAUUCAUGUAUGAUUCCUGAUUACACGAAGGGCGCUUACGAACCUCUGUCCCUGAGCGGCUACUCACGGUCCUCGUACAACCAUGCGCCAGGGAUGCAGAGUCAUAUGAGCAACACCAACGGCGCAUCCACCGGGUUAAUAUCUCCAGGAGUAUCCGUUCCGGUACAGGUUCCAGGCGGUGGUCAUCACCAAGAACUAAGUUCAAUGGGAUCCAUGACUUCGCAGUAUUGGUCACCACGUCUUCAGUGAAAGCAUGGGCGACAAAACUUUUUUCUGCACCAGUCACUGGAUACUAGCCAGCAGUUACGCUCAAAGCUUAUUUUAAUGCAAUUACCUCAUGGACAAAGACGGAUAGAAAAAUAAUGCUCAGAUGUGCCCCCAGCAUUUAAAGGACCCAGCCCAGAUAAACUACGCAGAAGACCAGCUGAAGCACGUGACGCCCGCCACAAUGGCGGAUAAUAUUUCACAGCAGACGAUUUGAGGGGACGUUGUUUGUCUCAAAGAGUACCGUAGAUGGAUGAUAAGAUAUAGUGUAUAUUAUCGUUAAAUAUAUAUGAGUAUAUAUAUAUAUAUAUAUAAAAAGUGACCGUGUCACUGUCAUAAGCCGACGCAACAAGCUCAAAUACGCACAUGUAGACGUGUGACACUUGCUUCCAUGUACAGUGGUAUUGUUAUUUAGUAGAAACUCGUGCUUAACUGUGCAUAGGGGUUUGAAUUAUGGUGUGUUCAUGUUAGUUUCCGAAAGACGAGUUGUCUUUAACAUUGUAAUAUUUGUCUUUUGAUGCCAAAGCAUCAAUUGAUAAUAUCGUAAUGAUGAUAGCUGUUGUUUUGUACUGAUGAUACCAAUAAUUGACAAUCUUUGUUUUUUGUCUCGUGAUCAAAGUGGACUUUUCACUAAGUUUAGUUUUGAUUUUUAGUUACCAUUUAAAGUUGUACUUUUAUCUAAAUAGAGGGUCCUUGCAGUUCAGUUUAACGACCAUCAAUAUAUGUUUAUUUAUGUAUAUAUUGUAUAAAAUUGACUACAACAAGUUUUGUAAAAUAUUUUUAUUUAAGAAUGAUAUAGAUAAGUAUAGGUUAUAGCAUAGAUAUCCACAGGUUUUAUUUCUUUUACGUUUUCAUCGCAUGAAAACAGUUGACGAGUCCCAAAUUAAGCAUAAUAUUUAACAUUUGUAUGAGGGUCAAUAUUGGAAUUUGUGUCAGUUGAUCAUGUGAUAACCUAACUCUACUUUCGGUUCGGAGUGUCUAAACGUUACGCCAGGCUUGCCAUGCACACUUAUUUUGUAAAAAAAAUAUACAAGCUCUUUCUAUCAACAGAUUAGCUCAUUUUGUGCAAUAAGCGUGCUACAGAGACCACUGUCCAACUCGGUUUGACUACAAAGUAAGCAGGUUUCUUGAUGGAGCAGUCCCACACUCUGCUGGUACUGAACUUGAUAGGUGGUAGUUAAACCAACGCGGAGGGUUUCCAGGAUAAGACGCUUUUCAGUGAAUCUUUUGUACGCAGAUGAGUACUUUGGUUCACAUACAUUGGAAAUGACUAUACUUUUAUAGUGCGUGUAUCAUAACUAGAAUGUGGUAGGUUCUGUAAAGUAAUAUUUUUGUAUGAUUAUUGUCACAAUCUUGCCACAACCAGAGUUACUCACAAGUGAGUCUUCGUAGAAUAAUCACGUCUGUCAAAGAAAAUUGGGAAUUUUGUUAUUGCUCACUGGAAAACCCGAGGGAUUUUUUUUUUGAAAACCACCGGAUCCUUUCCGAGGUUGUGUAAGUGAGUGUUAGUAUACUAAUACAGAGCAUGACACUUGUAAAUUGUUCUAGCUUAAUAAAAGCGCACUUUACUUUACGUUUUUGUGAAUACUAAUUUUAUCUGGACUCCCUCGAUGCACAUUCAAUUACACGAAUUUAAAUGAGGUACUAUAGGGCUGUUUAACAGCUUGAAGUUGUAUGACCAACUGACAAUGAUUUUUUUGGUGAAUCGCAGGAUAACAAUAAAAUUGUCUUAACUGCACAUA